AUGGCUAGCAUUUAUGGCCAAGUUCCGCUUAGUUCUCCUAAUAGCAUCAGGCUCCUGAAACUCUUUCCUGCGUCCUCGAUCAAGGCACCUGUGAAUUUUGAGUUGCUCGAAGCCACACUAGACCAAUGCCCUCCUUUCAAAGCUAUAUCGUAUUCUUGGGACGGGCAACGACCUACAGAAAAAGCUUUUUGCCUGGGACAGUCCAUCCUCGUCACGCUAAAUUGCAAUAACAUACUCCGAUAUUUAGCUACAACUAAUAGCAACCCGUCAUUAGUAUGGAUCGAUGCCAUCUGUAUCAACCAGUCUCCAGCGGCGGGGAUAGAACGUAAUCAGCAAGUGAGCAUAAUGGGAGACAUCUACACCGCCGCUGAUGAAGUCGUCGUCUGGCUUGGGUCUACUAUAAAGCCGUCCUGGGAGUCGACUUUUCAGAACCUUUCCGUGUUCGCCGAUGCAUGUCUUGCUUCCAAGAGCGAAAAAUACUCGAGCCAACUCCUUGUAUUAGCUAGCAAGAUAGAUACCAAGACCCUCAACGAUAUGUUCUGGGGAGUAACGUGGUUUAGUCGUGUCUGGGUAGUUCAGGAGGUUGCGUUGAGCCGGAAAGCAACUUUUAUAUAUGGCCAGGCCUUGCUCGUUUACUUCAAUCUAAUUAAGUCAUGGUCGGACUUAUACAGCACACACAAAAAUGUUGGGCUCGUACAGAAUCUAAAUCAGACCCUUUAUAAUGGCUUCGGCACGCACAUCGUCUCUCUACAAGGUCCGAGAAGAGCAGUUGCCAUCACUGAAGAAUACGACAGCAUUGAAGAGCUCUUCCGCCAAGCGAGCAGACUACUAGCAACCGAACCUCGAGACAAGGUAUACGGGCUUCGCGGAUUGCUAGUUAGCUACGGAGUCUCACUCCCACCAGCGGACUACCAGAAGCCUCUGGAAACCAUAUACAUGGAGACCGUUAAAGCACUAAUGGAUUUCACGGGCUCUUUAAAUCUAGAAAGUUGUUACUAUGUAUCGGACAGUUGGCCAUCUUGGGUCCCAAACUGGGCCACUUCGGUACCAUGUUCAUCGCCGAAGGGAGAUUAUCAUGCCGCUGGACAUUCAACCGCUAGCUUCAGCUUUGUUAAUCUCCCCGGUGGCUCCCAGGCACUCCAAGUCUCUGCCGUCAUCAUCGGAAACGUCUCAUCGUCCCUCGGGACAUGCCUACUAGGUCGUUACCGUACUGCAGAGGCUUUGAAAAACGACGAUAUCUUGAUACGGAUCGAAGAAGAAAUAGCCCCAGACUGGAAACACAAGCGAUUGCAGAAAGGCGACGGCAUUGAAAAGUUCCUCGCGGUUUACAAUAUCCGUGUCUUACGGCAAGCCCUCGAGUACAUGAAGAAAGCAUCUAACAGCCUAGAUAAGUGGAAGAAUGACCUUUACGAAAUAGUUUCCAACCAAGCAUUAGUAGACGCAAAAUUAGACCUAAAAGAGUCCUUCCGUGAAUGGCUUGAACUACUCAGUACUCUACCAGCCAAGCUCCUACCAGCCUAUGAGCUAUCAAGUAUCGACGAAGCCCCUGAGAUGGAAGUAUACAACCGAAUCUCAGCAAACGACAACGUCUCUGAGUUACACGAGCUAUUCACCGCGUCUUCCUAUUAUUGGACAUUCUUCAAAACAGACUUAGGAGCAUUUGGAGCUGGUGCCCAUGCCAUCGCAGCCGGAGAUAAAGUUGCUAUUAUGGCUGGCGGGUGUGUUCCCAUGGUAAUCAGACACGUACACGGAGAUCAGUACCGGAUUAUAUCUCCAGUCUACAUUUGCGGCAUUAUGCAAGGUGAAGCUUGGCCGGUUAAUUUGAGUAGUCUGAAGAGCAUUGUUAUUGUUUAG